AUGUCGACGUAUCAGGUGACGCUAUACCAGCUCAAUGCUGGGCUGGACACAGCCGGCGACAGCGCAAUUGCGCUUUUGGCAACCAAGACUACCGGUGCUACCAAGCCCAAGAUCAAGAGUGCUAUACUCAUAGACGGUGGCAUGGGAGCCAAUGUCGCGGUAUCGAUGAAAACAACGAUUAAGGAGAUCAAAGCAGACUAUGACAUUCCCGGUGACAGAGAGUUCAAAUUUGACGCAGUCUCUUUAAGCCAUUGGGAUCAGGAUCAUAUCUUGGGAUUGUUCUUCUUUCUUGCAGACAAGUCUCUUUGGGAAGCGACGACGACCAAAGGUGAGGGCCAAGAGUGGGACCCUAAUGACGCCGCAAAACCAGACGCGACGAAGCCAGCAAAGUGUUUCAAGUAUUUCAAGUACGACAAAGAUGGAAACCCUCUGACGAGGCUCUACACGCAAUCGUGGGGAUUAGACAGCUAUAAUGAUGGUAAACCUGCCCAGCUCGUGCCCAAGGAGACUAAGAAUCCAGCUUGUCAAUUCCAUAGAAAUGCAGCCAGCAUUGUCACCGAGCCACAUAUUGUCAAUGUGACAUGCUAUGACAAUCCAGGGGACAAGACUUAUAAACUCAGGGAGAAGGUCAUAUGGUCUUAUCAACGAACGGACCUCUUGAUGGGCGUUGACUUUUUUUCGGGUACACCCGGUUACGUUGCAGCGAAUCGAGGCUGGUGGGAGCUUUUGACAUCUCCGCAAAUGUUGAUCGAUGCAAAUGAUUUGAAGGGAGCCCCGGGACUAUACGUUGUGCGUGAUGUCUCGAGUGGUAGUGGUGACGAUGACGAUUUGCAUGAUCGCGGUGUACGAGUAGUACCGAAAGCGGGAGGAACAGACACGAAUAAGUUUUCAAUUGUCUUGAUGCUGAUAUGGAAAACGACUUCUGGCGCACCAAAGUUGGCAUUAUACUCAGGCGGAGAUGCCGAGUUCAAGACUGAGGAUUUGGUGGCAAAUUGGCUGGGCGCGCCGAAAGAUGACAAAGUAAAGGAGAUUGUCGAUAUAGUCAAGAUUGGUCACCAUGGAAGUACCAGUGGUACAUCUCGGAAAUUCAUGGAAGCCGCGCGACCAGGACGGUGUAUGAUAUCUGCAGGCACCCAGCAUGGUCAUCCAACGCAAGAAAUCAUCAUGUAUUUGCAGGCAUUUUACUCAGCCGCUGGCUUGAUCGGCAAUCGUGUUUCGGCCCUCAACUAUCCAUACCACCUCGGCUGGGUGAAUGACGACGGCAACGAGCGCCCAUAUCACAACGCACUCUCUCGCCCUGAAUAUCUCCAGUCGGACACCACAGAAAAGAAUUACAAGCAAUUCAUUGCAAAGAUGCAUGCUCUUUGGGAGUCGACAUACAUUGGCCCUCGGUUAGAUCCUAUCGAUAAAUGGACUCCGGAGCUGAAGGCAAUCACUAAAGCAGACAUUGACAAUGCUAAGGCAGCUGAAAAGGCUGCCAACCAGGCAUUCACUGGAAUGAGAGUAGCCAAUACAGGUUAUGGUGCCGCUAAGGCUCUCACAGAUUCUACGAAGGCCAAAGUCAAGUUCGAAGAGAAAAAGUAUUUGCUGGACAAAGCAAAUGUCCUGGCACCAUAUAUGAGGGUAAUGUGGGAUAGCAUAAGCACAGUGGAUCGCACGGUAUAUCCUGUCCGAGCCUUCGAUGGUGACGAUGUUUUGCCAUCAACCCUGAGGAUUAUAGAUUACCUAAAGAUAACAUUCUAUCCGCUCCAUACUACAGAUAUCGUUCCCAUGGGAGCUGGCAAAGUCUACGCCGAGGCCUUUGCGGCCGACAAAGCAAAGACGAAGAAAAACAAAGUGGUGGUAAAUGACGCCAAAUCGAACCGAGCAGUACGUGGGUUGGACAAUAAAAGGAAGCGUGCUCAGCGAAAUGAAGAGCCUUCGUCAGUCUUUCCGGUCCUGAGUCCGGCGAACGAGGAAAAUCUCAUCGCAAAUCAGUCAACCGCAGAGGCAGAUGACGAUCCAGACCUCCCACCGUUGGAUCCUGAUGAACCCGCGCCCAUGGACGAUGAUAAUCAGCUCCGUAACCUACGAUCAGAAGCAGCUCCUAUGGCUGUCACUGCUUCCAGUGUUGUCCCUGCUACUACGUACACGUCUAUCUAUCCCGCUGAUGCAGAUCCACCGUCUGGCGCUUUACUUGUAGAAGCUGACUCAAAUGCUGACUACUUUGUCUCGGGUCUUUUAGACGGUCAUCUAUCCAUAAGCGGAGGAAUACCUCUGCCCUCAAAACCAAGUAUCUGGGCGUAUGGAGUGACAGCCGACGAUAACUACUCUCUAUGGCUUCAGUCCUUCUUUGGAGGAGCAUCCGAUAACGUUCAGCCCAGCAUCAGACUGAACGCGGCAGAUUCAAGCCCGAGUGAGGUUUCCUUGAUGGUCAAUAAGUUGGGGACGUUGUUGAUAAGACCUCUGACCUUUUCUUCCACGCUGCAAAGCUUGUCUACCGCUUUGAGCCUGACGCCUACAAGUACACCCAAUCUGGCGCCAGAGAUUGCCAAGGUAGUGGACAGUACAGGCUUCCUUCAAAAUAGUAGCGGCGUAAUCCUGGGUUUGCAGAUGGAUGAUCAGUCUUCAAGCGUAGAUAUGACCAUUGGGAACGUUUUUGCUUAUCUAGGGUUGGACGUACCGUUCUUCCUGAACAGCGAUGCGCAGUUGUCUUUCAAUUUCCACGAUGGCGCUGUCAACGGACUGUGGAUCGCGUCGACCGAAACAAUGUCCACGACGCACCGCAUGUCGCUGACUGGUGCCAGCAAGUCUGCGUUUCUCAGUGUGGGCAACGAAUUCCCCGGUUUCUCAUUCACAGAUUGGGAUGUCAACACAUCAAAGCAUGCAUACAUGCAGACUGCUGCCUUGGGAGACGCGCCGCAAGAUUACAUUAUUUCCAACAGCGACUUCUGUGUGCACGCGAAGACGGUCCUGGACAAGGUUGAUGCCGAUUGGGACGCAUACAUUGGAUACGGUACCGAGAGUGCUCGAAUCAUGCUGCGUUUCCCUGACCAAGGCAAAGAUCCUGUGGCUCUUCUCUGGCCCUGGAUGCUAGCUAAGUUAGGAUUGGACGCGGAAGGCUCGUGGGACUCCUUCAACAACGCCCGGACAGCUCUCAACUCAAGCUUCUCAUUCAGGGAAGUCGCCAUAACUGCCAUCCAUGACACCUCGGGGUGGAGUUUUCAGUCUUUCUCCAUGGUGUUCGAACUUGAUCUGACAUGGGGCAUAGAUACGAGUACAGCUAGUGCAGAUACGCGUGUGCCCUUGCGGUUCUCCUUCCUCUACAAGAAAAAUGGCACUUCUCCCACUAUCAUUUUCAGCGGUGGACUUUGGCCUGCAGUGUCGGUAGCCAAGGUGGUUGUUGACAGACUGAAUCCAAACGCCGACCUCUACCCGCUUUUGAUGCCCAUCAAGAAGGACCCGCAAUACCGCAUCUCAAUCAAAAAGUUGGGGGGCACUUCUGGCCAGCUGACCCUUCCAGACUGGUUUCCAACUGAUAUCACUAACCUCAACCUUGCUCUGGAAUAUGAUGGGGCAACGAACACCAGCUCAAUCAGUUUCAGGGGCACCAUGUCAGCUCCAGCGAGCACUCCCCAUGGCUUGUGGUCACUGGACAGUGUCGCGAUCAAGGCUUCGUACUCAACAACAACGGCUCAGACGGGAACUCUGAAUUUUAGCUUCGACGCAAAGAUGCUACUCAGACCAAGAGAUUAUGAUAUCUUCACACCCAUCGCUACGAUUCUUGUGGACGUUCAGUAUGGCCAUACUUCCAAUGGGUCCACAUGGCUAAUCAGAGGCGGAGCAACCGACUUGAAUGUGGGAAAUCUCUACUCUCUAUUCGCGGGGCCAGAGUCCGAUACCGUUAUGGAUAUUCUGCAGGACAUUUACAUCGCCGGACUAGUGAUUGAAUUUUUCCAUAGCCCAACAGUCACACGUCUUGAAUCGACCGGGGAAAUAUUGAUCGGUGACAUUGAGUUGGAUUUAACAUUCAACUACACUUGGAAUAGCGAUAAGACGACCUCGUACGAUUUCUCCGCGACGAUGUCUACAGACUUCUCGAUCGACGAUCAGAACCUUGGGGAUUUUCUGACGGGAAUAUCGUCUACACUUGCCUCCCUUCUGCCUCCCUUCCUUACAAAUAUUAGCUUCGCCGUCCUCGACGACUGCUCUAUUGAGUUGAAGUGCCUCAAGACAAAGACACUCUCGACUGGCAAGGACGUCAUCUGUUUCGCAAUUGUCGCCAAAGUCACAGACUUCGAGUUCAGCUUCGUACAAUUGACGGAAGUUUACGAUCCCAAAAACAUGAGCACUGCUGACUCCACGACCAAAAGACUUUUCAAGUUGACGCUCGAGGCUUUACCAAACAUUCCGAUGAAGGACAUGCCGCUUCUAGACAAUUUGACCCAGCCUUUUGAUCAGAUUGACUUGGUCUGGAUAGGGGACGAUCUCACAAAGGAGGAGGUGGACUUAAUGAACAAGGAAGUCUACGUUGACAGACAUGACAGGCUAAUAUAUAAACAGUCGACUUCUCCGGGUAUCACCAUCCAAGAAACUGACACCGUCAUUCCUGCAGGUUGCCAUUUCAUGAUCGUCGCCGAGCAGAACAACGUCCCAACUCCUAUUCUUGACUACAAUUUCUCAGCACCACCGCCUCCCAGGGAGAAUGUCGAAGAUGACGAUGAUGACCUGAAAGAAAUCAUACCAGGUGGACAAGGGCGCGAAACUCGUUAUGCUUUCAGAGACAACACCGCGAUAGUGUCCAACGCAAACUAUGGCUCCGCUAAGGGAGGAUGGAGCAAGACAUUCGGCCCUUUGACGAUCAGUGCUAUCGGCUUGGGGUUUGCAACGGUAUCGGAUGAAAACAUUCUAUCCAUUCAUCUCGACGCUGCUGUCAAAUUAGGCCCAAUCGCCGGCUUUGUCAGAGGUUUUACUAUCGGACUGAAGCUUGUAGACAUGAAGCGAAUCGGAGGCAUCACAGUCAGCUUUUCUGGUCUUGGCCUUGAACUUGAUCGUCCCCCUGUUCAGCUUGCUGGAGAGCUGCUUAAGGUGGACCAUGGGUAUGUUGGAGGAGUCGAUAUUGCUAUCGAACCGUACAGCUUCAUUGCUGGCGGUGGAUACUACACACUGGAGCGAGUCCCAGCCGCCUUUGAUUCUACCUUUGAUGCACCCAUUACUAAUGCUCUGCGACACAAUCAGGAGUUCAAAUCCAUGUUCCUCUUCGUGGAAGUCGAUGGACCUAUUGCAGAAUUUGAAGUUGCCAGUUUGUCAGGCUUGACUGGUGGUGGAGGCUACAACUCGCAGAUCAAAUUGCCAAACAUUGACAAUGUGACGACCUUCCCGUUCCUGGUUCCUGGAUCUAGCACAGGUAACACACCUUUCGACAUCCUGACCAAAUACCUGAGCAAUGGCUGGUUCACACCUGCCGACGGGCCUGCUUGGCUGGCCGCAGGCAUCACAGUCAAAGCUUUCCAAUCCAUUAAACUAUCGGCCGUCGUGGUGCUUGAUCUCUCUACAGAUAUCACGUUCGGUGUCUAUGCGCACGCAAGCGCUGAUUUCCCAGGCGACGUGACGGAUCCGACAAAACUCUUUGCACGCGUAGACAUGGGGCUUCUUGCUGUGCUAGAGCCUGCGAAGGGGACUUUCCGUGCUGAGGGUCAGCUGACGCCAGCAUCCUUUGUUUUGUCAAGCGAUUGCCAUCUCACGGGUGGGUUUGCGCUUUGUUACUGGUUCGCCAAUUCGGGCCAUGAAGGUGACUGGGUCUUCACGAUUGGAGGCUACCAUUCAGCCUACAAGCCUCCUGCUUGGUACCCUGUACCUCCACGCCUUGGUAUUUCGUGGCAAUUCGACAACACGAUAUCGAUCCGCGGCGAGGCCUUUUUCGCGAUUACUCCAAAGUGCUGCAUGGGAGGUGGGAAACUUAGUCUCACAUUCCAGUCAGGGUCUUUAUCAGCCCACUUAGAUGCAUACGCAGACUUUCUAGUGAAUUAUCGCCCAUUUUCGUUCAUCGCAGAUGUCGGUGUCAACAUUGACGUGGCGUAUACUGCCGACUUAGAAUUCGUCACUCACACGUUCCACGUACACCUUGGCGCCAGUCUGGAUCUUCACGGGCCGCCUUUGGCGGGAGUAGCUCAUGUGGACUGGUCAAUCAUAUCCUUUGAUAUUCAUUUUGGGGACGCCAACCCAAAGACGGUGGCAUUGGACUGGGACGGUUUUUGUGCACUCCUCCGCGGCGUACCAGCAGUCACAAAUGAUGACAAGAAAGACGAGAUCACUGGCCAAGGUCUUCAUGCUGUUGCUGCUACGGGAGGACUACUAGGGAAAAACACCGAUCCCGCAGCGAUGAAGGCAAGCACUGGUGUGGAGACGCUUCAAGUCAACAAGUCCACGUUCAGCCUACGCUUCUCCACCCUGUUUCCAAUUACGAACAUUGUCUUCGAUGGCUUUGCUGGGAGUAAGACUCCGACGGGUGUGCCCCCAACCUACAUGAAGCCGAUGCAUAUUGACCACCAGUCUACGGUCUCCUCAACUGUAACGAUCACCAUCAGUCCUGCAGCGAGCUUCAAUCUUGCCUGGAUCUAUAAGCAAGUACCUACAGCUUUGUGGGAUGAGUAUCAAAGCAAUACCGAUCCAAGCAGUGGCAACCCUGUCAGCAGCCUCCUAAAUGACCCCAAGUCUACACUCGGUCAAGCAAUGGGCUUGGACCUGACUGUGCCUCCUCCGACCGAGAGUACAGAUUUCGUCUACUCCAACAUUGCGCUUGCCUGCUCUUUCCCCGCAAGUCAGCACAACAUGCCUGGCACCCUUGACGUCCCAGCUGGUAUCAGUUCGUCCCAAGAACUCGAUGCCGUGGUCAAUGUCAGCUAUCCCAUGACACCCGUGAUACCCUACGCGCCAAGGACCGUCCUUGGCCGGAUCACGGCGCCCCCGCUUGCAAAGCACGACAUUGUCAACAACUGGAUCAAGUGGACUGGAGUGGAGGCUUCGGCACCACUUGCCAAGCGGCUUGCUGACCUUGGUUCCGACGCCCAAAGCGGUUUCGCGCCGGCUUGGAUCAAGGAGCUGCAACAGACCCCCACUGUCCCGCUUCCCGUCUUGUCCGCAGAGGCAAGCGUGAAAGCUACGAUGAAAGACGGGACGAGGUUCGCAAGUUUUGGCGGGUAUAGGGGCACUGGCGCAAUGCUCAACCGUGAUUGGUUGGACGGGGGUUUUAUUCAUGGGACUGACUAG